AUGGCGCAACACACACCACCACUGCUACUGGUGCUUCUUCUAUGUACUCUAUCUGUCAGCUCAUCAUUCCAGCCUGCCCUGGUGUUAGAAAUGGCCAAGAUUCUUUUAGAAAACUACUGCUUUCCUGAGAACCUGGUUGGGAUGCAGGAGGCCAUCCAACAAGCCAUCAACAGUGGAGAAAUCUUGCAGAUUUCGGACCGAAAGACCCUGGCAUCUGUGCUCACAGUCGGAGUACAAGGAGCGCUUAACGAUCCGCGGCUGACUGUAUCAUACGAGCCCAAUUUUGUCCCAGUGAUGCCACCGGCGCUGCCGUCUCUCCCCAAAGAGCAGCUGAUCUGGCUGGUGAGAAACUCUGUCAAGCUGGAUAUACUGGACAACAACAUUGGAUAUUUGCGGAUAGAUCGGGUCAUUGGGGAGGAGACAGCGGCGAAGCUUGGAUCUCUGCUGAGGGACAACAUCUGGGACAAAGCUGCUCAAACAUCCUCAUUGAUCUUGGACCUGAGAUAUAGCACAGCUGGAGAAUUGUCUGGAGUUCCCUUUAUAAUCUCCUAUUUCUCAGACCCUGAGCCCCUCAUUCAUAUUGACACUGUGUAUGACAGGCCCUCGAAUACAACAAGGGAGCUGUGGACCGUGCCGUCAAUAGAGGGUGAAAGGUAUGGAAAGAAGAAAGAUGUAAUUAUUUUGACCAGUAAGCGUACCAUGGGGGCUGCUGAGGCAGUGGCAUAUACAUUAAAAAACCUAAAGAGGGCAAUCACAGUCGGGGAAAGGUCUGCUGGUGGGUCAGUGAAAGUCCAAAAGAUUAGGAUCCCUCAGUCAGAGUUCUACAUAACAGUUCCUGUGGCGAGAUCAGUUAGUCCGAUCACCGGCCAUAGCUGGGAAGUGAGUGGUGUUUCCCCAACAGUCAACGCUAUCGCCAAGGAAGCUGUCACAAAAGCCAAGUCUCUUCUGGCUAUCAGGAGCACUAUUCCAAAAGUUAUGCAAAGUAUCUCCGAUAUAAUCAGGAGGAAUUAUGCUUUCACUGACAGAGUCCCAGCUCUUCUUCAACAUCUGCAGUCCACAGACUUAUUCUCUGUUGUAUCCGAGGAGGACCUGGCAGUCAGACUCAACCAGGACCUCCAGACUGUGUCUGAAGACCCACGACUGAUCAUCAGAUAUAUGCAAGACAAUGCUGCUAUUACAGAGGAGGAUCCUGUGCUUGACAACCCACCAAAUGAUUUGAAUUCAUUAAAGAAACUGGUCGAUACAACAAUCAAAGUGGAAGUUCUCCGACACAAUACCGGCUAUCUCUGCAUUGACAAGUUUGUCAAGUGGUCUGCAGGGGCUGAACUAGAAGAGCUCAUGGCUAAAAAGGUAUGGGAGCCCCUCAAAGACACUAAUAACUUGAUUAUUGAUCUACGCUAUAACACUGGUGGAUCCUUUACUUCUCUUGCCCUUAUACUGUCCUAUCUGCAGGACACUACCCAGAAGCAUCAUUUUUUCACAAUAUAUGACCAAAUUCAGAAUACAACAACAGAAUAUGACUCUCUGCCUCGGAUUAUAGGCCCAUCCUAUGGCUCCAAACGUGGGGUUUACGUGUUGACAAGCUACUACACAGCAAGCGCCGGCGAAGAGUUUGCCUACCUGAUUCAGUCACUCCAUCGUGGCACAGUCAUUGGGGAAAUUACAUCUGGUACCCUGAUGCAUUCAAAGACGUUUCAAAUAGAAGGGACAGAUAUUGCCAUCACAGUCCCUUUCAUAAACUUUUUAGACAACAAUGGUGAAUGCUGGCUAGGAGGGGGUGUGGUUCCAGAUGCCAUUGUGUUAGCUGAGGAAGCUGUGGAUCACGUUCACGAGAUUGCAGAUUUUCACCAAGGGCUUGAGAUACUCAUAGAGAAAACUGGGGAACUGUUAGAAAACCACUAUGCAAUCCAUGCAGUUGCACUAGAGAUCAGGAAAGUGCUGUUGAGCAAAUGGUCUGAGGGAUUGUACUGGUCAGUAGUUGACUUUGAAUCUUUGGCAUCUCAGUUGACUGCAGACCUCCAAGAGAGUUCAGGUGAUCACCGCAUCCAUGUCUUCCACUGCGAUGUUGAGCCAGAGUCACUUCAUGAUGUCCCAAAGAUCCCAACUGCUGAAGAAGUUGGAUAUAUAGUAGAAGCGUUGUUUAAAAUUGAUAUUCUGCCUGGUAAUAUCGGCUAUCUGAGGUUUGACCUGAUGGCAGAUAUAGAGGUGGUAAAAGCCAUUGGGCCUCAGCUGAUAAAAUUAGUGUGGAGCAAGAUAGUAAACACAGAUGCCCUUAUCAUUGACAUGAGGUACAACACUGGUGGAUAUUCCACAGCAAUUCCCCUCUUGUGCACCUAUUUCUUUGAUGCUGAACCUCUGAGGCAUCUUUACACUGUCUUCGACCGCACCACAACCAACAUGACAGAGGUCAUGACAUUGCCUCAAAUCAGAGGUCAAAGGUAUGGGCCCACCAAGGACAUCUACAUCCUCACCAGUCACAUGACGGGGUCAGCAGCUGAAGUGUUUACCCGCUCUAUGAAGGACCUGAAUAGGGCCACAAUCAUUGGAGAGCCAACAAUUGGAGGUUCUCUAUCAAGUGGAACCUAUCAGAUUGGGGACAGCGUCCUGUACGCCUCCAUCCCUAACCAGGUUGUGCUGAGUGCAAUCAGUGGGAAAGAGUGGAGCAUUUCAGGUGUUGAGCCACAUGUUAUAGCCCAGGCAAAUGAUGCUCUUCCUGUGGCACAGAGAAUCAUAUCAGCAAGGCUGAAGAAAGAGCAAGGAAAAUAG